AUGGCAUGGUCGUCGAAGAAUCUGAUGUCCGGCGAGUCCAGUGUUCCUCUUGACCUGCAUGUGCUCGCCGCUGUUCUGUCGUCCCUGCCGCACUUGCGGAAGUUGCGCCUGAUACAGCUCACCUUCACAAAUGGUUGCCAGUCCAGCCCCCCGCAGACAGCAUUCGCGCUGGAGGAGCUCAUUGUGCAGCAGACCCACAAGGAGCGCGAGUGUACAUUCAAGACGCUUGGAGUCCUCUCUCUGUUCACCGAGGUCCGGAGACUCUGCUUGCAAGACAGCUCGCGGCUCUUGGGCCCGCAGAAUGACCACACAAGAGAGCUCCGAGUCGAUGGCGAGUUAUCACGCUCGCGGAAACCUCAAGUCUACAGCCUCACCUUUCGAUCCAUCUACGACAUGGUAUACUAUUGGCGCACCCUGAUCCGGUCGUCCUCAUCACAAACUCUGGGUUCUGUCGGAGCGACCUGCCUCGCGUGGGACGAGAUAGAAGCGUUCAGAGAUUUGCUGGACGAGGUCGGUCACUGCGUUCUCUCUGUGGAGCUCGAUGUACUUGUGUCUGCUCGAAAAAAUGAAACAUACCCGGGUUUUGACCUGUCUGACUGCACGUCCGUUCGGUCUCUCGUUCUCGGGUUGAACCUGACGUCAAGCGACAACUAUGCAUGGACGGUCGUCGCGGAGGCCCUCCGCCAUACGACCAACACGCCGCUGCGCGACAUCACCUUCCGCGUCACCGUGUUGUAUCUGUUUUCCGAGUUGAACUUCCUUGCUGUGCUGAAGAGACUAGAUACCGUCGUGAUGGACCAGGCGUUGAACAUAUUCGAGAAUCUGGAGACCGUGACAUUCGAGUUCUCUUGGUAUUCCAUGCAGAUGGCACACGCAUUCCACAGCUCGAGUCGACCUGCCGAUGACGGAAAAAUGGUCGAGUACUUGCUGACUCGGAUCGCGUGUGACCAUGUCACGAGCCUUGUUAUCGUUGGCUACAACGCGGACGUCACGCCUGUUUUCACCACUUUCUUGAUUGUGACUGACGAUCCUCAUACGGUAUUUGUUUGCAUGGUCUCUCUGACAAGUGCAGCUACUCCUUCGCAUGUGGAAGGAGAAAUAGAAGAGGGGGCUUACGACGAAGAAGAUUACGACGAGGAAUACGGAGAAGGUGACGAGGAGUACGACGAUGGCGAUGACUUCGACGCCGAGGCAGAGGAGGAGAUGGCUCGCCGUCUCCAGGAACAGCUUCGCGCAGAUAUCGCAAAAGCUCAGCUUGAAGCUGCAGCUGCCAAUGCUGCUCAUUCCACCACUCCAGCUGUCCUCCGGCCCACACUGCCUGCGCUUCAUUCGGCGAAAUCUUCACCUCAUUCGAUGACAAAAAAGAAGGAGGCCGCUAUAGUGACGAUGAAGACGAUCCUAGCAUUCGGGGCGAAGGACCCGCUCGUGCACGCCUCUCUCUCUGCUUCCGCCGUUUCUGCUGCAGGCGACACUAGUGUCUUGGACAUGUUCGACUACUGCGUCGCGUCCGGCACCCUCUCCAAGAAACUGGCGAAACCACUCAGUGCCGUCGUCGUCUCGCUCGCCAAGUCGGAUGUACUCUUUGCAUCUCUCCGCAACUCGGACGCAUCUGCAUUACAGCUCAGUAAGGGUAAGCGGCAACGGGAAGAAUUGGAUACAGCGGAGACUGGAGACAGUCGGGCGCACAAGCGUAUUGCGAUAGACCAGCCCGAUCUAAAGUAUCGGAUCGCAGAAGCUGUACAGGCUAUUUCUCGCUCACUUUCUUCCACAACAUCAUCUUCAGGACUUCAGUUCCCCGACCCUGGGCUCGUGGCCUCCAUACAAGUCCCAUUACACCAAGUGUUCCUGUUCGCCGUCACGUCAUCUCCUCGCGGCCAUGGGGGGAGAUCUCCUGCUCUGCAAGAGCUCGGAUCUCUCAUCCAGAUGCUCGGCGUGCUCACAGGUGUCCCCAUCGGAACAGGGCCCGCACCCACUCAUCCUGCUAUGUACUCUCCCGGAUUCGGAGCACCCCCUGACCUUGGCACUGCUGUGUACCCAUGCACGGCCUCUGCAUGCACGAAGACGUUCCACCGAUUGUACUCGCUCCGCGCGCAUCAGCGCCUACACACGCUCAUCGAGCGGCCAUUUCGAUGCAAGCAUUGUCCUGCGUCAUUUGUCCGGAAUCACGACCUGAAACGGCACGCACGUCUUCACGAAAAGAAAGCAUGGCUGUGCAACGGGUGCGGGAAGGUGUUUUCGCGCCGAGACGCGAUCAAGCGGCACAAGGACAGUCGGGGAAGAGGAGUCGGGAAGAGUGAGGGGGACGGCGUGUGUGCGUAUGCAGAGAUCGAAGAGGUUGAGGUAGAGAAGCCGGAAGGGGAAGAGGAAGCGAGCCGCAGAGCAAAGCUGUGGAACGGGAUCGCGGACGCGCAGGAUUUUAGAACUGCAAUAUCCGAGGAAGGCUCCUUCGAGGAGGGCGAAGUGGAUCCCAGGGUUAUGGAGGAGGCGCAAGAUCUGGUGCUGCAGCUGCUAGGGUUGCUACGCUCGUACGUCGGGAGAGGACAGGGACCUGCUGUGGUUCCUCCUGGUCCUUCAGGUUUCACCGCGAACGUUCCUCCCGCCACACUUGCAAGCGUCAUGGCCGGUGCACGUCCGUCAGCGACGGCGCAGGCCCCGGUUUCUACGUCCGCAUCGUCAUCGACGACUCUUCCGUCGCUUUCUCUCUCAUGGCUUUCACACGAACAGACGAAGAUGCUGGAGCAAGCAAUAGCUCAGGCUGCUUCGGCAGCGCAAGCUCAGGCGGAGGCGGAAGCGGCGUUGGAAGAGGGGGGCGAUGGCUUGAACGACGAGGACGAUGAAGGCUGCGAGGAAACCGAAUGA